CCAUCUCUUCCUUUUUUUUUUUUAUACAAUGGAUAAUACUGCACCAUCACAACCACGAUAUGAAUAUGGACAUCAUACUAGUUUACCACCACCUACCAGUUAUCAUCCCCCUAACGAUGCAUCUGUACCUAUCAACCAUUAUCCUUCAACUUCUGACCAAAGAGUUAUUAUGAAAAGUGACACAAAUACAACUGAACAAGAUCAACAAAGUAGAAUGGAUACUAUACCUUCAACUAUUGACCGUAUUGGUUAUGAUGAACGUGAAAUGAGAGCAUAUGAAUUAGUAGUAUGUCAACAACCUUUACAUGCAAGAAUGUGUGGUUUUGGUGAAAAGGAUCGAAGACCUAUUGAUCCUCCUCCUAUUGUUCAACUGAUUGUUAGACAAAGAGGUCAAGAACCUGUGGACGUGCAAACUUUACAAAUACCAUUUUUUGUACUUCAUGUCACAUUAUGGUCGGCGGAUCGUACUGAAGAACGGAAUAUCAUUUCGAAUCCACCCAAGUGUACUCGUGUUUUGAUGGGCUCAUUGGUGAGUUCACCUAGUUUACUGAAGAAUCCCGAUGGUGAACAAGGUUUAUACUUUGCUUUUCCCGAUUUGAGUAUUCGUACCGAAGGACGUUAUACCUUACGUUUUAGUUUGAUGAAAUUGGUUAGUGCCGACUUUCAAACUGAUGCCAAAUCCAAGAUCAUUGCUCAAGUUUUUUCUGAUGCAUUCACUGUAUACUCCGCGAAAAAGUUUCCUGGUAUGACUGAAUCAACGGAUUUAUCAAAAGCAUUUGCUAAACAAGGGUUGAAGAUACCUAUUCGAAAUGAUGUACGAUCAAGAAAAACGGAUCCAUGACAAAAUUUACCAUUAUCUUCGUCGUAUUAUUCAAUAUUAUAGUUAUAUUAGUUAGUUUCAAGUUUACUUAGUUAGUUACUUAGUCAGUUGGUAUUAGUUACUGAUAGUUAGUUUUUUAUAUGUGUGUUUGUGUUGUGCCUGUGUUGAUGUGUAUAUAUUAUUAUGAAAUAAAAUGAUCAAAAAAAAAACAAGAAAC